UAAAAAUAUGAAAGCCUGUUUUGGAGAGUGGAUGAAGUAAUCUCCUUAUUCAGCUGCGCAGAACAGAUGUUUAAGGCAUCGAAAUUUUCUGUUAUCUUGCAUAAUGGAAUAAAAUAGUAAGUAUGUAUUUAAAAAUGGUGUUUGGAUUCCGAAAUAUUUCCAAGUUUGAUUCGUUUCAUAUUUAUCAAAACAUAAACUGCCAUUCCUAUAAUAAUUUUGGGAAUCUAGUAAAGUUGACUAGCUGGACUUCAGCUACACUCGAAGUAAAUGUGACCCGGUAACGUUCUUUAGAAUGGUUAUCCUGGUGUUUCGUCAAUAAUUUUUAUCCAAGUUUAUUAAUUUUCAAGCGGAAAACUUAACCCGGCGUGUGAAUUUUGGACAGAAACUAUUGGAGCAUCAUUCGGAACUUUUAGAUGAGCUCCGGGUUUCCGACAGAGGGCGGUUGCAUUUUGAAGGAGCACCAGGCGGAAUCGCAGAGGCUCGCUGGCUUCAUGCAGCGCUACGAAAGUUGAGGCGAGUGAAAAUUGGCAUCAUAGGCUUUUAGGCGGCAGUUAUUCCCCUUCUACGGACCUGGUCCCCCCUUUUCCUCCCUUAUGGCUUCCAACUCAAAUAUCGAUAUAGAAGACGCGACGCAGCAUCUUCGGGAUAUUUUGAAGUUGGACCGACCCGAGAAUAACGCCGAACCGUCUUCCACCGAGAAUCAAACUAAGACCGCUUUCAACGGGGAGCUCAAUGGCUUGUUCGGGUCGGGCCUCAUAGGCGUUGCGGACCGGGAACCGGCGGCCGAAGCCGGCGCCGGGAAAGCGGAGAACAUGAGCUGUCAGGACCCGCAGAUCAUCUGCCUCUCUGGGGAUGACAGCUCCACUCGUGUCACCAUCUCCUCCAGCGUUGUGGAGAUCGUGGCCAGUCACAACUCCAGCAUCAACAGCAAAGCUUGCGGCAGUAACAAGGUGAAAAUCAAGCCAGUGGCAAAGUAUGACUGGGAACACAAGUACUACUACGGCAGCCUGAUAGCGGUGUCCAACUCCUACCUGGCCUAUGCAAUCAGAGGUGCCAACAACUGCGCGAUGAUCCGCGUGCUGUCCCAGUGCACGGCGGAGCGCACGCUGCUCAAGGGCUUCACCGGCGCCGUCGCCGACCUGGCCUUCGCUCACCUGGACUCCUCCCAGCUGGCCUGUCUGGACGAGGCAGGAAACAUGUUCAUCUGGCAGUUGUCCUGCAGUGCCGGCAAGAUCCAAGAUGAAAUUUUGGUGCACAUCAGGCGACCCGCAGACACGCCACUCAGCUCGAACCGGAGGCUGAUCUGGUGCCCCUUCAUCCCUGAGGAGAACGAGGAAGGCCCUGAAGAGUCCUGCCAAACGCUGGCCCUGCUCCAUGAGGACAGGGCAGAGGUCUGGGAUCUGGAUAUCCUCAGGUCCACACAGCACUCCUGGCCAGUGGAUGCCAGUGACCUGAAGGAGGGCUUCAUCGUUGUCAGGGGCCACAGCGGGCGCAUCAGUGAAGGGGUCCUUUCUCCCGACGGCACCGUCCUGGCCACUGCCAGUCACGAUGGCUUCCUGAAAUUCUGGCAGAUCUACAUAGAAGGCCAAGACCAGCCCAGGUGUCUCCACGAGUGGAAACCCCACGACGGCCGACCUCUGUCCUGCCUGCUGUUUUGCGAUAACCACAAGAAGCAGGAUCCGGAAGUUCCCUUCUGGCGUUUCCUGAUUACCGGUGCGGAUCAGAACCGGGAGCUGAAGAUGUGGUGCACGGUUUCAUGGACCUGUCUACAGACGAUCAGGUUUUCUCCGGACCCCUUUAACUCCAUCGUCCUGCCCAGCCUGAAGGUGGCGCUGGACCUGUCUGCUGGGUACCUGGUCCUCAGCGACGUGCAGCGGAAGGUGUUGUAUGUGAUGGAGGUGCAGCAGAACCAGGAGAAAGGCCGCGCCCGCUUCACGGCUGUCUCCGAGUUCCUGCUCACCCACCCCGUGCUCAGCUUCGGUCUGCAGGACGUCAGCUGCUGCCGGCUGCAGCCCAGCGAGGUGCUGCCCCCCGACGAGGACAGUGAGAGCAUGACCACUGAAGGAAGCCAGGGUGGUCUGGCUGAGUCUAAAACAGGCGUGCAGAUUCAUCUCUACUGCAUCCAUACCAAGUGCCUCCAGGACGUGCAGAUCUGGUUCCAGCCCCAUGUCACCCCGAGCACCUCCCUGCUCCUGCCUCCUUCCGACUCCCAGGAGGAUUUCGGCUGCUGUGAGCUCCUGGCAGAUACCAACACGGAGGGCCCGGCGUCGGAUAAGGAGUCGGGGCGCCCCUCGCAGGGCGACCUGCGGCGGGUCCCCUCCUUACCCAUCCCGGCUGACUUCCUGCCGCCUUCCGAGGGCACCAAGCCCACGCUGAUGACGCCGGACGCUUUCAUGACCCCCACUGCUUCGAUCCCAGCUUCUCCCGGGAGCAGCGUCAGCAGCCUGACGGUGGUAACGGCCAUGAGCAGCUCCAGCACCAGCGGCAGAACGGGCGAGGAGCUUACCCAGAGCUCAAAGGUUUCUUUGGAAAGCAGUGCAUUGGCCCUGGGUUCUGCCUCCGGGUCUGGCUCCAGUUCUGCGUCCGGCUCGGCCCACAGCAGCCCCCGCUCCAGCAGCAUUCUCAUUCCUGGUCUGGGGGACCAGAUGAACAGCAGUAACAUCCAGGUGGCGGCACCACUUAACCCACCCCUGUCCCUGGACCUGCAAGCCAUCGAGCCACUCCUCGUCCCCCAGGCAUCCCCCACGCGGGAGCGCUCACCGGACGUCAUCUCGUCUGCGUCCACGGCCAUGUCCCUGGACAUCCCCGAGAUCGCCUCAGAGACCCUGCCUCGAGUUGGCGUGCCGCCUCUGGCACCGGAGGUGCGCAGCCCUGCCCUCCACUCUGACAGCAUGGCGUCGGCCGCCUCAGCAUUGCACCUGCUCUCCCCACGCAACCGCAGCGGCUCGGAGCAUGGCCGGCCCUCCCUGGACCUGGGAGGCGGCGGCGGUGCGGGCGGGGGCGGGGCCACGGCCGAUGGGGAGAGGCUCAGCGCCACCCCCUCGCUGCUAGAGGCCGCCCUGUCCCAGGAGGGUGCUGCCGCAUGCCCAUUGGAGCCCAGCGUGAGCUGGCCCGCUGCCCCUGACAUCACCCGUGAGACACGAGACAGCCUGGCAGACUGCUCCCGAGAUGAGAUGAAAGACAAGCACAAGACGUCACCCUUCCACAGACACUCCUACGGCCUGCCCCUGAACGACAGCCAGGAUGCCAGCGCCGAACAGAGUGACCAUGACGACGAGGUGGCGAGCCUGGCAUCGUCGUCUGGGAACUGCGCCUCCAGGACAUCUCACAGGCUUCCCGUGAAGGACUGGAAAGUCUCCCCCCGGUCAUCCCCCAAACUGAAGAAGAAGUGCAGGAAAGAUGAUGGAGAAUCUCUGCAGUCGCGGCAGCCUGAUCAGCUGAUGGGCCUGGACACACAGGAGGAGGUGCUGCAGAUGCUUCGCAGCCAGCAGAGGGAGCUCUCUGAGCUACGGCAGAGCCAGCUGGAGCUCAUGCAGCGUCUGACGGCCAGCAUGGACGCAAUACAGAGCUCCGUCUUGGCGAUUGUGGAGCAGGCCAUGAUCAACCAGCAGGAGCAGAGCCAGCGCCGGAUGGAGCGCAUGAUGGCAGAGGGGCGCGAGCAGAACCGGCAACUGCAGGAGCAUCUGUCCCAGCAAGUAACGCAGAACCUGAGUACCGCUCUCUGUGGCCGCAUGGACAAGCUGCUCCGGGAGGAAAUGAAGAAGAGCAUCCCUCAGGCGAUCUCCAAAAGCCUGGACCCUGUCACGGGGCAGAUGAACAGCACUAUCGCCGCCAAGCUGACCGCCGUGGAAGGAGCAUUGAAGGAGAACGUCACCAAGGUGGUCAAGUCCAAGAACACCACGGACGCCAUCGGCAAGGCGGCGGCAGAAGCCAUGCAGGGUCCCAUCCAGGCUGCAUACAAGGAGGCCUUUCAGGGCAUCGUGCUGCCCGUGUUCGAGAAGGGCUGCCAGUCCAUGUUCCAGCAGAUUAACGACAGCUUCAAGCAGGGCACCCACGAGUACAUCCAGCAGCUCGAGAGCCACCUGAAGAACAAGAAGCAGCGCGAGUUGGAGGCGCGGGACCCGCUGAUCGGGCAGCUCCAGCAGAUGGUGGACACCCUUCAGAGCAGCACGGACCAGCUGGCCGCCACCGUGACCGCCAGCGUGCGCUCCGAGGUCCAGCACCAGCUGCACAUCAUGGUGGGAAACCUGCAGGACUCCAUCCUGACGCAGGUGCAGCGUAUCGUCAAGGGCGAGGUGAGCCUGGCCAUGAAGGAGCAGCAAGCGGCCGUCACCUCCAGCAUCAUGCAAGCCAUGCGCUCGGCCGCCGGCACGCCCGUGCCCCCCGCCCUCCUCGACUACCAGGCCCAGCAGCAAAACGUGCUGCAGCUGCUGCAGCAGGGCCAGUUCAACCAGGCCUUCCAGCAGGCCCUGUCGGCAGCUGACCUGAACUUGGUGCUGUACGUGUGCGAGACCAUCGACUCCCAGCAGGUGUUCAGCCAGCACCCCUGUCCGCUCAUCCAGCCCGUCCUGCUCUCGCUCAUCCAGCAGCUGUCCACCAACCUGACGACCCGCUCCGAGCUGAAGAUUAGUUACCUCGAGGACGCGGUGAUGAACCUGGACCACAGCGACCCUGUGACCCGGGACCACAUGAGCUCUGUGCUGACGCAGGUGCGACAGAAGCUGUUCCAGUUCCUGCAGCUGGACCCGCACAGCCCGCUCAGCAAACGGGCACGGCGCCUGAUGAUGAUGCUGCAGGGCCUGGUCACCCAGUAGGGCCCUGCUGCUGCCUGACCCUUUACCGCUUCCACACCUGGCAUGCAUUUUAUCAAGUUCCUGUAGACUGUUAAGUGCUGAUGGAAAGUGUAGUCCAUAAUUAGGGGCUGUGAGACUCAUUUACCGUUAGACUUCAUCUCCCAUGAGCAUUUCGGGAAAAUCUUGCUUUUGACAUCCCUUCCUCUUUCAUCCCUACUGUGGACGAUCUUUGUUUUGUGGAAAACGUUGCCGCGCACAGUGACCAGAGGGGCUUCUGCAACCAGAGAGAUCUCAUGCACACCCCCACUUUUAAAUAUUCAGGUUUCUGCCUGUUCACUCGCUCUUGUUUGUUUUUUUUUUUUGUUUUUUUUGCACUUUUUUGUAACCCAAAAAUAGAGUGGAAAGAACGCGCAGGGUGAGAUCGUACAAGGUCAGCUUUUUUUUUUCCCCACCCCGCUCCCUGGAAUCAACUGAAGAGCUCAGUUCUCAAGAAGGUUCCUCUGCUCUCUUCUGUGUACCCAGUACUUAGUUAAGCAGCUUUUCUCAAGAAAGCAGAAGGAACAGAGAGUGAGGUACCUGCACAGCAAAGCAUGUUGUUCCAUUUCCUUUCGGGGGUAGCGUCUCUCUCUGGGAAUAGCUACAGCGUCUGGGAGACUGUCACCUGGUCACACAGAGUGGUUUAUAAACCUUUGGAGGCUUAAAGACAGGCUUUUAUUGGAGGACGCAGGAAGGUAUUACUAUCCUACCAAAAAAUAGCUUUCUUGAUUUUCUUCUACCGAUUGCUGCCAGGUGAAAAAUGAGGUGGUCGUUUUGUAUUUGUACACAUUUUCAGUAAAACUUCAAGGUCCCAGAACCCCCAGUUCUAUCCCCCAGAAUCAUUGCUGAAUAAUUCCUCAAUUAUACUUGUAAGCUUAAGUUGCUGUAAACAUCUUUUACAACCAGUAUUUGAUAUAGUUUGAAAAUUUAUUCUAAAAACCUCUUGCUUUUAAUGUCCUGUCCUGAAAAGGCAGUUGUAUGUUUAUUAAUAUUUCAGCCGCUGUCAAAUCUUGUUUCAGUCUCGCUGGGCUUUGCCAAUUUUGCGGGCUCCAGAUAUUUACAAAAACAAAUUUGAGGUUUAAAACGAGCAAGGUGGUGGAGAGAGCUUCUCUGACAUCUUCGAUUCGGUGCUUGAUGUUCUGUCAGUUGCUCGCUGGUGAUAGGGAGUCAGUGAGAUAUUGUCUUUAAGGGGCCGACUAAACUCUACUUCCUAAAUCCAAAGUGCAACAUUUCUAGUGCCUUACUAAAUGUGGAUAUAUACAGCAGGUCGACCUCAGGGUUGUGAAAACCAAGGAAAAAUGGGAAUCCAACACAUUGACAGUGGAGAGCAUGUCAGCCCCUUGUGGGUGAGCAGCCGGUCAGCUGUGUUCCUUUGUAGAUAGGGGAGAAGCCACGCAGUCAUGGCUCACAUUUCUGAUUGGACAGAGAACUGCCCCGUCUCUCUCCAUAGGGGUCAGGUGGAGUAAGGGUGCAGAGGAAUUUUUGAUAGUUUGGAUGCUGGAAGCCAUUGUCCGUAUUUCUGCUGUACUCCCAACAAUUUAUUUAUUAUUUUUUGUCUAGUUAUCCUUUUUAAUCAUUCCUUUUUAGUAACUACAGCCCUACCUUAGAGGCCAAGAUACUGCAAGCGCUUUGAGGAAAAAAAGGCUUCCAUGUUUAAAAAAUGAAAAAGCCUGCCAUUGGCUGUUACUAUAGGUUUGUUUAGUGCCUGUAUGUUAAUCACUAAUCUAGUGGCCUGACUUGUGAUAGAAUGGAAAUGAAAGCAGACGGCUCCUCUCCCAACCACCGCUCGUAUCCCCAGAAGAAGGACUAUGGAAACCUCUUUGUGGACAGAGAUGUGGGUCCAGGCAUUCUGUAUGGUGUUAAAGGUUUAGCUCUUGCUUGGUUAUGGUCCUGGGUUUUUAGCGGCGCCCCCUAGUGCUAUAAAUGUGUCUCAUCCACCUUCAUCUUACUAAAGAUUCUUGGAGGCAUAGAUGUUCAUUUGUGCUGCCUGUGUUACUACAGAGCACGCUCUGAAAUCCACCUUAUUCCCCCUCUGUUUGUAGUUUUCUAGUCUUAGUUCCAGUAAUAGUACCCUACUGUUUAAUAGCUUUUCUAAUUCUACGUUAGCCAGCGUAAUCUUCCAUUUUUGGUAUGUAAGAAAAAUGUCAUAUCGAAACACUGCAAUGUUUUAUUUUGUCCAACUGAGUAGGAAGCCUUUUCAUUUUAGAGGAAUAAGUCUGUUUAAAAUGGUUAUCUUUAACAUUGAUGUGGGUUACUCUUAUGGAACUCCAGGAAAAAUACUUUUAUAUCUAUUCUGGCGCCGGGGAAAUCUGUGAAUGUCUCAAGGAUGCCUCCAUGUAUAACAUAUGUAUAGAUAUAUUUUGCAAAAAUCAUACGGCUUGAGCUGUUGUGUAAGAAAAAAAGAUCAUUUGUACUUUUCCAUUGUGUUAAAAAAGAAUUUUAUGUUCCGUGUGCAUUAUUUUGUUUGUACAUUUUACAGUUGUUCGUUUUACCUUAGCUUUGACGUUUUGGGUCAUAUAAAGUUCAAUAAAGUGGUUUAGUUUGUGUUUUGGUUAAAA